AUGGGCAUGAGUGAUGAUCGUGCUGCUCGGCAGGCCCAAAACCCGAACAGCCUGCUCGAUCCGGAAGUCAUCGUGAAGCGCACGAAAAGACGUCUUGAGGAGCUCGAGGUAGGGCUGAACGCGGAUCAUCCGUGGCUCGAUCCGGAUCCUCACCUGCGGAUUUUUGAGGAUCAGAAGCCUUGA